AUGACCAAGAACAUUCCACAACUCCCCAUCAUCAUCAUCAUCGUCCUUUUCUUCAUCACCACAUUACCAUCCUUCUUAGUCAACGCUCAAUUGUCGCCGGCAGUAUGUCGCAUAUCCUGGAUCCUUACAAGCAACACCUACUCCACCGGAGGCUCGCUGGAUUCUUCCUCAACGACAGUGGACCAGUGCCUCAACAACUGCCUAGUUGACCAGUACUGCAAGGGAGUUCAAACCAGGACCACGAUCUCCAGCCCGGUCCAGUGUGUCAGGUUUUACACCGAACAGUUUGGUGUGAACUCUGCUCUGCUGGUUGGCUACGACCAGUACCUGCUGCAGUCCAGAUGUACUAAUACAACUGGAUGUUCAGUGAGGUGGGAAUUCUGGACGGAUACGAAAUCCUUUACCCUGGGAAUCCGAUACCAAUACAUCACGGACGUGCCCACGUGCCUGGUCACGUGUCUCCUGACCGCGAACUGCAUAGGGAUUGAUUUCAAGAAGUUCUCAACGCCCAACGAGUGCUACCUACAUGUGGGAGACAGCAUGCAGAAGAACUUGUUCACACAGGAAUACGACCAAUAUGUUCUGAUGGAUCGAUGUGUCAACGUCAACCAGUACGACAGAUGCUGGACCGAAAGGAGAAACUCCCAAUACGUAGGUCUUCAACUCCAGUCCACACUUACAACGCUGGCCUCUUGUAAGGAUUACUGUGCUAGAUUACCAUCAUGCGUCUUAAUCGACAUGGACUAUAACAGCAGCCCACCUACCUGCUGGAUUCAGAUGGUCGGAGGGAUCAACGACAUCAUCUCCAGCAACUUGAUUCCAGCCCAAAAUAUCAUCAACUAUAUACUGAAUAGGAACUGUUUAACUGCAUGCUAG